GAUUGUGAGAGGGCUAAUUCAUGACUAACCAUUAAAACUAAAACAAACACACACACUUCUCUCUGUCAUCAUCUGGCAGCAGGAGAAAGUGACCCAGUGUGGUGAAUAAACAGUUUUCUUCGAGCCAUAAUUCCUGUAUGCAUGUCCUCUUUUCUGCUGGAGCUUUAUUUUUUCCCUCUACUCUCAUUUCUGGGCCUAAAAUCAGGUUAGCGUUUUAUAAGGAGCUUAGCACAGAGGGCCAUAGUGUGCCACUAAUGUAAUGGAGUAUCCCUCUCUCUCUUUCUCUCUCCCUCUCUCUCUUACACACCCACACACACACAUUCUCAUCUGUCCUCUUUUUCUCUGUGCAUUUGCUUUCCCUGCCAUGCAGCGACUUUCUCCCUCUGGCUUUAUUUCUUUUUCUUUUUUUUUUAUCUUUGUGUCUAUUUUUUCCCCCUCUACCCUCCCUGUUUCUUUAAAUCUGCAGAUGUGUACGCUGAAAGUCUGACUUUUAAUCAUUAGCUUUAGCUGAGAACUCCGUGUGGAGAGGAGGACAAACAGGAGGGAGAGAAGCCGAGCUGCUGGCUUGGUUAUUUGCGUCAGACGGAUGGAGCCGUUCUCUGGAGAUAGAGAAGAAAGCACAGAGGACACUGCAGGACGUAAAAACUCCAAAAUAAAAUCUCUGAAGACUCGUCUCUUUAGGAGAAGUAAGAAGACGAGCGAAGAAGCAAAUGUCAAACUUAGCCAGUCGGCCAGCGACGUCACUGCAGAGGAAGGACUGGGAUCAGAUGAAGACUUGGUAGGUCCCAAAGGAGCGAUGGGAUCUCGAGCAUUUUCCCAUGACAGCAUCUUUCUGGACGACCAGGUCCUGACAGACGAUGAACCUGCCAGGAUUUUAUCUCAGGAGAAUGUUCCGGGUAAAAUCAAAGCUCUGCAGAUGAAGCUUCAGCUGCAGAAAAUGCAUUUUGGCCCCCCACCUAUGGUUCUGCCAAGUAAAAGUCCAGAGGAACCAAGGAGCCAUUUAGAGGACUUUUCUAUUCAAAGUUCUAACAAAGCCUCAGGAGAGGAAACUCUCACAAAGACAUCCUCUUAUCCAGCCUCUCCUCCAACCUCACCCCUCUCCAAAUCUGUACCAACCAAAUUUCAACUCCCAACCCCAUUCACUCCUUUUUCUGGACACACUAAUUCCUCUGCACUUGCUGCUGAGAUUCCGUUAGACUUCAGCUCACCACCUGAAUGCACUACCCCUUUAGACACUUCUGCUGCACGGCACAGGUUGUCUAUCAAACCCAGGAACCAGAGGGCCAGCACUAAGAAGAAAUCCUCAUUUGUGAGUCAGUCUGGGUCUCCUUUACGCAUUUUAAAACCAUCUGACCAGUAUGAGUUUGUAAAAGAGCAAAAGGAGCAGCCAGUUGCUCAAGAGGGAGAAGCAGAAGAGACAAAUCAAGGAAAGGCUGACGUUUCUCAGCAGCUCUUGGUAAAAUCUGCAGAACUGUUGCCGGUCACAUCAGAGGCAGCACCCAAAUUAUUGAACCAACAGGAGCACGAGAUGGUAGCCUCACAGACACCACAAGUCAACCCUCUGACACAGGUGGAAACAGCUCCUGCUACACAGCCAAAUUCAUCUUUCAUACAGUCAAAAAUAAAGGGGGAAACAGAAAAGUCAGAGAAAGAAAAGGCUGAAGUUUCUCAGCAUCUUUUGGUAAAAUCUAACGAACUGUCGCCAGUCACAUCUGAGACAUUAGUCACAUCUGAGACAUUAGUCACAUCUGAGACAUUAGUCACAUCUGAGACAUUACCCAAAUUAUCCAGCCAACCGGAGCAUGAGACCUCACAGAUACCUGGGGUCAAACCACUCAGACGAGUAGAUACAGUUCCUGCUAAACAGCCACACUCAUCUUUCCUAGAGUCAGAAAUAAGAGGCAAAGCAAAAGAGACAAAAGGAGAAAAAGACAAUGUUAGUCAGCAUCUUUUGUUAAAAUCUGCAGAACUGUCACCGGUCACCUCAGAGGCAGCACCCAAAUUAACCAGCCAACAGGACCACGAGACAUUUGCCUCCCAGAUACUUCGGGUCAAACCACUAAGACGGGUGGAUACCACUCCUGCUAAGCGGCCACACUCAUCUUUUAUAGAGUCAGAAAUAAAGGGGGGAGCAGAAACGACAGAAAAAGAAAAGGCUGACAUUUCCCAACAUGUUUUGUUAAAAUCUAUAGAACCCAGAUUAUCCAGCCAAAAAGAGCACGAGACUGUAGCCUCCCAGAUACUUCGGGUCAAAUCUCUGAGGCGAGUGGAUACAGCUCCUGCUAAAAGGCCACACUCCUCGUUCAUAGAGUCUGAAAUAAAAGAAAAAAGAGAGGGGGGUUUGGAAAUACAAAUGUCUGGCAAGAAGACUGACGUCUCCCCUGAGCAGCUCCCCGCGCUCAGCUCAGUGGCUUCCAGACCUUCUUUUGUGCUGCAGCAGUUUCAUGGUGAUGAGGAGAAUAUGAGAGGAAUAAAGAGGCAACCAGGAACUAGCUUAUUCCAUUCAUUUUCCAGCACUGUCAAAAACCAGGAGGAAGAAAAACCUCGAUCAGGCAGUUUCGAAGAACUCCUGAAACAGACUGAAGCCAUGAGUAAAACAACGGGAAAAACAGAGGAGAAAGAAAACGAAGAAUUGAAAAAAGUGCAGCUCAAAGGGACACCCUUUGCUGCAGAAAGACUGAAACAAGAGGGAUCUCCAUCCAGAGGCCCAGCUGUUCUAUGGGACAGAAAGCCCAGCUUCAAAAAGGCAGAAUCAGCGAAAACCGUCUCCCAAGAACCAGCUGCUAUAGAGUCAGAGAAAACAGAAAGCACAAACAAAAACCUAACCAUUCUGUGGGACAGAAAGGCAAAUAUCAAAAAAGCAGAAUCAGCUGCACCUGUUAAAAAUGUUUCCCAGGUGUCAGCUGUCAUGGAGGGUGAGGAAGUGGAAAGCAGCCAGGAGCUGGUAGAUGUUGCAGAGGAAGCAAAGGAGGAGGAGGAGGGGAAAAGGGCCUUUGGCAUUAAGCUGCGCUCCACAUCUCUGUCACUUAAAUUCCGAUCUGAAACCAACUCUUUCCGCUAUUCAAAGGAUGACCAAGAUGACAAAAGGAAAAGACAGGAAACUGGUAACAUUACGAGUCAAAUGCCUGAAAAGGUGCCAACAAACACAGGUUGUGUUCUCAGACCCAAUGAUCCAGCCCCAUCUGGCACGACCCUCCCAGUCAAGCAUAACACUUUGCUGACCGACAAUCCUCCUACCAUGUCCUCAAAAGUUCAAACAACUCCUUCAAACAACAAAGAAGCAGAAACCACUCCCCAGCAGCCUCAGCCUACCCCUCAAACAUCCUCAUCUGAGGUGUCCUGGAUGAGUCUGGCCAUGGAAAAGACCAAGAGCCUCCAACAGCUUUUCACCAGCAGAUUUCCAAGAGAUCUUACAGGCUUGCCAAGCACUGCUCGACCACAAGCACAGGCGCAGCUUAAAAAUCAAACAGAGGCUCAAAUACAAACAAAAGACGUUCAGCAAAGCACAAUCCAGCCAGUAGUGGAUAAAAUAAAAGAAGAUUUAGUUCAAAUUCCAAGUCAAGAGCAGGUUGUUAAACCAUCAACAGUGGCAAUGCAACGGAAGUUGAUACUGAGAGAAUCACAAAUGUCCAAACAACCAGUUGAAGGCCAGUCCCAGACAAACACAGCUCCGACUGCUUCUCAGCCUGCACACAGCRUCUCCUGGAUGACCCAGUCUCCUUUACGCUCUCAUUCACAAACACCCACCACAUCUCAGUCCCCACAAGGGAGUCCAUCCCAAUCUUUUGCUCAGUCUUACCUUUCCUCAGGCCAACAACAACAGCCUUCCUGGAGUAAUCAAGGUUUUCAGGCAGCCACCCAGGUCAAACCUUCAGCUCAGACAUCAGAGGUUUCAGGGACAUCUGUUCCUGUUUCAGACUCUUCUUUGAACAAAGAUAGUCCAUCGCUGUCUUCCAGACCCACAAUUUGGACCGGUUCGGCCGUCGACAGGGCUGCAUUUUUGGAGAAACGAGCAGAGUGGACGUCGCCACCGUUGCUCAAAGCG